AUGAGUGGUGGCGUCAAUGUGAAGUCGGCCCCCCGGGCUCCCCCCUCGUCAGGAAUCCCCCUCCCACACAGCCUGUUGCCCUCCUCCCCAAAAGCAGACACCCGCCGCCGGGCUAGUGACCUUCCCAGGCCCUCGACACAUACCCCGAAACACACACCCACACACACUCCCACACACUCACCCAGGAACUCUCCUUUACUUUGCCCACGGGGCUCCGGCAUCCCCGGGCCGUCCUCCAGGGACCUGAAGAGAGACGCCGGCCUGAAAAGUCAGCUCUUCCAGCGGACUGGAGCACUCCCUUCUCCCCAGGUGUCACGCUCUGCUUACAGCAGCCCGUUAAUACAGCGCAGAGUACCGUCACCACACUCCAAAGACACACUGGAUCUGGGAAAACCUGCCACACCCUCACAGUUUCUACAUGAUGGCAAUCGCAACAGAAACACCUUCACCAAUAAGAACCAAACCAGCAACCUGCGACCACCGCUCCAGUUCAGAAGAGGAGACAACUCCAACACGAGUGAGGUUAUGCCACAAAGAGAGGAAGAGCCUCCGGAAAACCACCCAGCUCAGACCGCCAUGUCCACCAACGGAAACCUUCGCCCCUCUCUCGCUCAAACAAGCUACGAGCACGCCAUCAGAGGUCGCAGUGACUCCACCAGCCAAUCAGAUGAGGAGAUGGGAACUCCUGAGGACAGCAGUCCAGCAUCUUCUCCUUUUCUCCUGCCGCUGCCACCGAUCUCAUUCACAAUGCCAGUGAAGUCCAAAGCUGCUUUUGAUAUGCUGGAUCAAAGUCUGGACAAGGAGGCUGCGUCUACAGAGACACACACGCCCAGGGUCAACAUGGCUACUGUGGCUCCUUUCAGCUACAGGCUGCAUGCGCAGGAAAGCGACUUUUCAGUGGACGAACUGAGUGACUGCUCAUCUGGAUCCAUAGAAGUCUGCUGUGAUGACCUCACACUAGGAGGGAUGCUGGAGGCUAAUGUGGCUAACAUUAGCAUGACGGCCAAGCCCAGAGAGCUGGAUCUGAGGUCUGCUGCUGUCUCCUGCCAGGAAACUUCAGCCCAGGCCAUGGCCUCUAGGAAGCCCCCAGCCAAGCCCUCCGCUCUGCCCCAGGGACCUUCACGUCCCUCGGGGUCCGAGCUCAAGGUCUACAGGCCCUCCUCUGGAUCUAUCCCCAUCCCAAUCCCUAAUCCGUCCGGUCUCCGCAAGCAGCGAUCGCUGAACAACUUGUGUGUGCUCACAGAUGCUGAGAAGAAGCUACACCUGUACCAAUCUCCUCGAUGGAGCGAUGAUACGAGCCGGCCUGGCAAUGGCACCAACAAGCCGGGCCAGACUAAGACAGGUCAGGCUGGGGGCGGGAAACCACAACUUUGCCGGACCCUUUCAAAGUCGGAACAGUCUCUUUUCCAGGGGAAGCCAAAAUCUUUCUGCUGCCCGUCUGUGACUUCUAACGGAGGCAAGCCGAGUCGAAUCCCCGCCCCUGGUAAACCACGGGGACCUUAUGCUGAGGUCAAGCCCAUCAGCAAGACCUCUGAACCGGGCCAGAGUGUAGACACAGACCCUACUGACCAUCCAACAAAAGCUAACUCCAAUGGAGCUGGGAAUACUGGGACUAACGGAAAGAAACUAGGGGAGAAGGGGAGAUCUGCAGCUCUGUCAGCAGAGGAGAAGAAAGAGAGGAAGGGGAUAGAGGGAGAAGAUGAUAAGAGCUUUCUGAAGGUGGACCCAGAAUUAGUGGUGACGGUUCUGGGGGACCUGGAGCAGCUGCUCUUCAGCCAAAUGCUUGAUCCGGAGUCCCAGAGGAAGAGGACUGUGCAAAAUGUUCUGGACCUUCGACAGAACCUGGAGGAAACCAUGACCAGCCUGAGAGGGGUGCAGCUCAGCCACAGUUGUGUGGAGGGGACCAUGUGCUACGACAGUGACGAAGCUGCUGCGUUCUCAAUUUCCAGUCUGUCAAAUCGCUCCUCUCCGUUGUCAUGGCGGCAGGGUCAAGCCAGCCCCCGUCUGCAGGCAGGUGAAGCUCCAUCUACGGGUAACACCCAGUCAGACGUCCCCCUCCGGAUCAGCCACACUGCUCGUAUCCAGCUCAUUGAAGCCCUGGAUGACUCGGAUCCCUCCCUUCUGAAGGGAGAUUACCUCAGCAGCAGCAACCUCAGCAGGAAGAGCCCAUGUGAGGAUGAUGACGACGACGAUGACGAUAUUGAUGAUCUGGGGAAUGGUUGGGAUGAGAGCAGUUCCAUCAGCAGCGGUUUGAGUGACGGCUCAGACAACCUCAGCUCUGAAGAGUUCAACACCAGUCCCACUCUCAACUCCCUCCCGACCACUCCCAUUGGCUCCCGCAGAAACUCAGCCAUAGUGAUGCGUACGGAUGCAGAGAAGAGAUCUCUGGUGGAGAGCGGUUUGUCCUGGGACACUGAUGAUACCAAACCCAGUCGCAAGAGCCAGGGCGGCGGCGUCUACGAUACAGGAAGUCUCAAGUCCGAAUCGGCCAAUAAAUGGAAAAAGACACGGACGCAGGGGGAGGGGCUGGAAGGAGGGAAGGGUGAACUGAAGAAACCUCAGACCCUGGGUCAAGGACACAUGUUGAAGAAAGGAAGAAACCCACCCGUGGGAGUCACAUCCCCGAUCACACACACCUCUCAGAGUGGGCUCAAAGUGGCAGGUACUGUAAAGUCAGAUGGGAAGCCAAUGGAUAAAUCUCGGCUAGCAGUGAAGACCUCUGGCCUUCAGCGCUCCUCUUCUGAUGCCGGUAAAGACCACAGAAAUGGCACCGGUGCUGGUGAACAACGUAAACCUCCGUCCGGCCUCGUCAGGCCCUCUACUGGUGGAAACUUUGGCUUCAAAAAGCCCACCACGGCUACCAAUAACGGCACAAACAAUGCUGGCUCUGCAAAUGUGGGCAAGAUUCCCAAAACGUCGGGUAUUCCUGUCAAACCAGGGGCUGGUGGUGGUGGUGGAGGAGGAGGGCGUAAGACAAGUCUUGAUGUUUCAAGCAGCGACCAGAGUGGUUUUCUAUCUCCAAAUGCCAGGACGUCUCUCCAGUACCGCUCUCUGCCUCGUCCAGCAAAGACAAGCACCCUGACGCUAACCCGACCAAGCUCGGCCCGCCCGAUGAGCACCACAAUGGACAUCGGCUCCGGGCUGAUGAAACCGCCCCAGGGCUCAAAGCUCAAAGAGCCCGCCUCAGGGCUCGGUUCUGGGUUGGGGAAGGCGGGUGGUCGUGGAAUCCCGAGUCCCGGUCCAGUCAACCAGACAGACAGAGAGAAAGAGAAAGAGAGGGCCAAAGCCAAAGCUGUAGGGUCUGACUCUGAGUGUGGAGGGGGGUCUCUGAAGGGCAGCCCUGCUCAGACCCCCUCAGAGAACGGAGGGAAGCUGCAGGGGCUAAGACCUCCCAGCAGUGGCAAGGGCAUGGAUCUGCCCUCACCCAACACACACAGGUUAUCUGGCAUGCGCAGCCUAGCAAAGCCUCCAUCCAUGGCCCAGCUUGACAAGCUGAACUCAAACAGCCUCGAGGUGGGAGUUCAUGACUCCCUGCCACCCAAGAUCCCUCCUUACUCUAAACUCCAGGACCUGGCCAGCUCAGCAGGCAUCUCCACUGGCCCCUGCCUGACCCCCAGCCCUGCCCCUUUACUCAACGUGAACUCUUCAGCCUGCUUCACAGGCUCAGGGACUGGGUUGGGGCCCAGGCAGGUCUCUUCUCUCGGGGUUCAAGGGAGCGGAGGGAGCACCUCUCCCCUGCUCUACCCUCGUCUGUCUGGGAUGCAUCGCAGCAUGGAGUCACUGCAGCUUCAGAUGAGUCUGGCCCCAGAGCCCCAGGAGAGGGAGAAGACGAGGGAGAGGGAGCAUUUGGUGAGAGGCUACACCACCUUAGAGUCCCGACACAAAGAUAGGCAGGAAGACGGAGGCCCUCCUGCCAGCUGGAGCUCUGGAAGUAAAGUCUCACUGACGCUCACAGACAGUUCUCAGAGAGACAGAAACACACUGCCAAAGAAAGGUUUAAGUUUCAGUGGCGCUUCCCAGGUUGAGGAGGAAGGAAAGGAGAAAGGAGAGAGGAGACACUCUCAUACUAUUCUCAGCAUGACCGACUCGCUCACUCUCCCACUGCUGUCCUCCCCCACCUCCCUACCCCGCACCUCUAAGACCAGCAUGGUCCCCAGCCCUGUCAGUGGCCCUCCGAGGAUGACCCGAUCCAACAGCAUCCCAACACACGAUGCUUCUCUGGAGCUGUACGGAGCGUCUCCGCUGGGCAGCACGCUGUCCCUGUCUGAACGCCCUCGCAGCAUGGGAAUGGUCCGCUCCGGAUCCUUCAGGGACAAGGAGGCCGACGAGGUUCACGGGUCUGUACUGUCCCUGGCGUCCAACGCCUCGUCAAGCUACUCCUCGGUGAGUGUGGGCAGCAUGCAGACUCAGGCUGAGGAAAGGAUUCAGGGAGAGCAAAUCCGUAAGCUGAGGAGGGAGCUGGAGUCGUCGCAGGAGAAGGUGUCCAACCUGACAACACAGCUCACUGCAAACGCGAAUCUGGUGGCAGCCUUUGAGCACAGUUUGCAGCUGAUGACAACUCGGCUGCAGAGUCUGUCAAUGACACAGGAACAGAAGGACACAGAGCUGGCGGAGCUGAGGGAGACCAUUGAGGCUCUGAAGUUCAGGAACGAAGAAGCCCAGGCUGUCAUACAAGGAGCCUUGAACACCCCGGAGAAUAUGAAAGACAUGCGUAUGCGACGUCAGAACUCGUGUGAGAGCAUCUCCAGCCUCAACAGCCUGACCAGCAUGUCGAGUGUGGGCAGUCUAAAGGACCAAGAUGCCAAGAAGAAGAAGAAAAAGAGCUGGCUGAGGAGCUCCUUCAACAAGGCAUUCAGCAUUAAGAAAGGCUCCAAAACGUACUCAGACAUUGAGGAAAUUGCCACCCCCGACUCCUCGGCUCCCAACUCCCCAAAAAUGCUCCACGAGGGGUCAGAAGAAGGAGAAAACCAGCCGACGUCCCUCAAAACCUCGACCUCUGCCACCUCUUCUGUGAUCAUGGAGACGACAGAAGAGGGAGACAACGAGGAGACGGCGGUGUCAGAUUUACGCUCAGAACUCUGGCUGAAAGAAAGAGAACUCACAGACAUCCGACUGGAAGCCUUGAGCUCUGCACACCACCUAGAGCAGCUCCGAGAAGCCAUGAACAGCAUGCAGUCAACAGUGGAGAACCUGAAGGCGGAGAAUGACCAUUUGAAAACCGGCACUGGUCCCGUCUCUGGUCCCACCGUUAUUCCCGCCUCUAUUCCCACCUCUGGUCCCACUUCUGGUCUCAGCUCUGGUCCAACCUCUUCCACUUCGCAGCCUUCAGGCCUGGCCUCUCUCCUGGGACCCUCACUGAGGCAGCCAAUGAGCAUGUCCCUCACCAAGUCCUUCAGCCUCAGUCUGAAUGAUUGUAAAGAUCCAGAGGUGUCUCCAGUUGACACGUUAAGCGUGUCCUCCCAGCGGGAUGAGGUGUGUGCACAGGUGCUCGUCCGCAUUGCAGAUCAAGCAGAGGACAGUAAGCAGCAGCAGGAGUUCUACCUGGGCUCAGUGCCGGUCAGUGCAAGGACAGACUGGUCCUGCCUCGACUCUCUUAUAGCGAAGACCUUCAAGGACUACUUAACUCAAGUAGACCCAACUGCCAGCCUGGGCCUUUCCUGUGAUUCGCUGCACAUGUACCAGUUGACCCAGGGAGGGCAAAGGGUGAUAGGAGGAGAAAAACCUCAAGCCUCGCCUCAUCGCUGUCUCAGCAGUGGUUCAGCUCGAAUACUUGUCACUUUGAAAGGUCUCAGAGAAAAAUGUGUUGACUCGCUGGUGUUUGAGACUCUGAUUCCGAAGCCGAUGAUGCAGCACUACAUCAGCUUGCUGCUGAAGCACAGGCGUCUGGUUCUGUCUGGGCCCAGUGGGACAGGCAAGACCUACCUGGCCCAGCGUCUGGCCCACUACCUCCUGCAGCGCAGCCGGACCGACUCGUCCGAGACCGACCAUGAGACCUGUGUCCUCGGCCGCAGCGCCGCCGUCACCUUCAACAUGCACCGCCAGUCACAGAAGGAGUUGCAGUUGUAUCUGUCCGAUCUCGCAAAUCAGAUAGACAGAGACAGUGGAGGAGAACUGCCGCUGGUUGUUAUAAUAGAUGACAUCAGUGAUUCAGCGACCAUCACUGAGCUUGUUAACGGAGCGCUUACCUGCAAGUACCACAAAUGUCCCUACAUCAUCGGGACAACUAAUCAGCCAGUGAAGAUGACAUCUAACCACAGUCUGCACCUUAGUUUCAGGAUGGUAAUGUUUUCCAACAACGUGGAACCAGCUAACGGGUUCCUGCUGAGGUACCUGCACCGUAAAGCUGUGGAGAGCUACCAACAGAAGGAGCAGGACUCAGCACGCCACCAGGCUCUACUCCGCGUAUUGGACUGGAUCCCUCAGCUCUGGUACCACCUCCACACUUUCCUGGAGAAACACAGCACUUCAGACUUCCUCAUAGGUCCCUGCUUCUUCCUGUCAUGCCCGGUGUCAGUGGCAGAGUUCAGGCAGUGGUUCAUUGACCUGUGGAACCACUCCAUCAUACCGUACCUGCAGGAGGGAGCCAAAGACGGCAUCAAGGUGCACGGGCAGAAGGCAGUAUGGGAGGAUCCAGUGGAGUGGGUGAGAGGAACUCUCCCGUGGCCCAACGCACAGCAGGACCAGUCCAGGCUCUUUCACCUACCUCCCCCCAGCAUAGGGCCACCCAGUGAGGAGAAGAAGCCCCCCAAAGAUACGCCUCCACCCAGCACACUGGAGUCAGAUCCACUGAUGGCCAUGCUGCUGAAGCUCCAGGAGUCGGCCAACUACAUCGAGUCUCCGGAGCGGGAAGGCUGUCUGGAUCCCACUCUGCAGGCUACACUCUGAGGAUAACAUGCGGCUGUCAGUCAAGCUUUGGAACUAAAGACUCUUUAUUGUGGCUGACACAGCGGGUGAAGUCCCAAUGAGACUUUAAAAACUCAAUAAUUAACUUAACUGUGUGCUCAGUGAGCAGCUACAAAGCUAAAUGUAAAGGAUCUAUAGAGAGAGUGAUUAUGGACGAAGGGUUUGCUCUGCCCUGCUAUCAGAAAGACAAUUAAACUGCUUUCAUUGGAAGCUGUGAUGAUCAUGUGAGGGAAAGACAUCCACUUGUCUCUUCUCUGCCCUCAAUUUGUUCCAGAUGGGUUGUUGUUGAAUCUGCAAGUGCAUGGUAAAUGGAAUAUUAUGAUGCAAAAUAUUAACUAUAAUCCUAUUGAUCAAGACCCAUUUUUUUCCUUUUUCUGUUUGAUUGCCACAACUUUCACCACAAACUAUUGGUGCUUACUGUUACAAGUUUGAUUUGAAUGCUUCAUCACAAAGAAAUUUCGCCUCAGACUAACUAACUCCUCAAAAGUUGGAUCAUCACGUGAAGACAGCCAAAAAUGCACUUUAUUUUUUACGUGGUAAUUGGAUUUUAGGAGGCUGUGACUGUGCAUCAAAUGGGAAAUCCCGCAGUUCAUUAGUAAUUCCUCUAGAUGGCAGCAUUUACUCCUGCCUCAGUGCUCUCCUAGCGUGCUUUCUGACUUGGUGCUCAGUAGAAUAUUACACACACUCUAUAACACAACUAUGAGAAUGGCCUUGAAUGUUUUUUUCUCCUUAGUUCAGGCAUUGUGUCAGUCAUGGAAUCGAAUAGCAGAACUGUGAAGAUGUAAGAGUAACAUGCAUGGGUGAAUAAAGAAAUAAUUGGUUUUAGGGUCAGUCUGUAAAGAAAAACCAUUGGUUUCCAGCAGUAAUAUAAUUAUAUCGUAUCCACAGAAACUGACAUUGACCCUAGUCAACAUACUGUAUUGUAAACAGAAAAAAAGCUGCUUGUUUUAUCUAGUCUGCCCAAACGGCCUACCGUUUCUGACUAUGCUUGCGUAUAUUCUGUAUUUAGAUAUCUGUUUCAAACACAAAAUUCUCUUGUGAUAGAUGAGGAUACAGCUUUGAAAAUCUUGAUUUUGUAGAAUUUUAUACUGAGUCAUCUUCAACAAUCAUCUGUAUACAGCAGCUGUCACCUAUGUAUACCUGAAACAGUACAUUACACUCCUGUCACCACUGUUUUUUGAUCAUUCCUCAUUCGUCGACCCACAAGGGGAGCUGGGGAAAUUGAACUGCCAUCAAGUUAUAAGAAUCUGUACAAAAAAACAAACAUUUCCCUUCCUCACUGCAUUUGCUCUUUAUAUCUUUGAUAACAUACCUAACUGUAGAAGACAGCUUCUCAUGCGUUGUUUUAAGAGUUACUGUCAGAGUAAGGGCUGGGGGUAAGAAAAGAUGAAACUCAUUUUUAAGUGGCUUCCUCCUAUUCCUCUCUUCCGUUUGUUUGCACAUAAUAUAUGUUAGAGUACUAGAUUACAGAGAGUAUUUAUUGCUCACAUCUUGACUGUUCUUGUGAUGAAAGAAGACAGGAUAAAAAUAUGAGGAAGAGGAGGUAGGUAGUCGAGAUAUUCUUAAGCCCCGUCUGUGCCCCUUUGACCCUGAAGUACCUCAUUAGACUGCCAUAUUCUGUCCAGAUGUUCCUCUACUUUUCCAAACAGGGUGCUGGUUUUAAAGUAGAGACAUGAUGCCUAAGUCUAUCCGUGCCUGAAACACAAUUUGGCCUAAAGCUGCUUUUCAAGCUGCUUUAAUCUACCACACAGAGGCCUCGAUUUAGAGGAAACAUCAUCACUUCCUCUCACCUACUCUGAUGUCACUUUAAUGUCGUCACCUUGAUGCCCAGAUUUAGGUGGAGAGUGGGUAAUUAAGUUUGACCUGUGGCUGGUGGGGAUAAGCUGUUAGUUAAGAUGAUGUGUGUGUCAGUUAACUCUGCAGAAGAAGAUGAGAAUAUGUAUCAUGACUGGGCUGCUUGUGUGAGAUUUUUAACACCAUUUGUGUGAAACACUUGACAUCUUCGUGGAGUUGCCUGAGAGUUGGAAGCAGUGUAAGAACAGUUAUUAGUCUGGAGAUGUAAUAUCGAUGCAUGUACCCCUGAUGUGUUCCCAAAGUUUUGUUUCAUUGGACCUACCACACUUAACCUUAUCGCGGGAGGGGUUUUUAUUAACUGGAUAUCUUCCUCUUUUCACGUUGUUUUUAAGAGCAGACAUUUGUUUUUCUUAUGCAAAUAUUUGUAAAGGUUUAUUUCUCUUUUGUACAUGACAUCACUAUUGUAAACACUGUAAAUAGUCCGUGCAUCUGCGACAACAAUCACUAAAACGUGUAGAGAUCUAAGAGACGGCAUGGCUCCCUGUAUGCAGAAAAAGGGCGUCCUCAGUGGGUUUUAUUGUCUUCCUCCAGUGGGAAGGAGCACUUGGCUUAAAAAGGGGGCCUGAAAUGGUUGUAUGGCAUGUCUCUAUAACCACAUCAAAUCUCAUAUGUCUAACAUUGAGCAAUGGACACAAUAAAAU